AGUUCCAGCAGAAGUUCCAGCAGAAGUUCCAGCAGAAGUUCCUGUAAGUACGACAUCGUCUACCACUACUCCUGCUCCUGUCAAACAUGUUCAAGAAAAGAAACCAGUUCUUAAAUUAAAGUUAAAUUUAAAGAAAUAAGAUACUUCAUUGUACAAUUUAUUUUACAAAAAAAAACACUAUUUAUAUGAGUAACGCUUUUGUGUAUUAUAUAUGUUCUAAAUAUAAAAAUGGAACUGACUAUUUUUUUUUGUCCGGCAUGUAAUAACUUUUAUAAUUUAAUUCUGAAUUGUGCCAUUGAUGAUAGACCACCCACCAUAAUCAUAUCAGUAACGUAAACAAUCAUCAACUCCAUAUAGAUAUAGAUAUAUUAUACAGUAUUGCCAUACUCAACUAUUCCAUUCCUUUCGUAUGAACAAUCCAGGUACUGAAACAUAGAUAAACUAACCAUGUCGUUUAACAAUACCUUGGGUUUCAAUAUCACCAAGUCAACUCCCACAACUUCAGCAACAAACAUAACUAGUGCUUCCGCCACUCCUACAUCUCAAAUAGAUUCUGCCAGUACUCCAUUAUCAUCGACUCCAAAAUCUCCCUUCUUGCAAAAUAUAUUGACCAAAACAACUCCUUCAAUUGAGAAUUCUCCAAAACUAAAUGCCACUAACUUUUUAGGAAGUGUUGCUGCUCCUGCCAUAGUUACUGUUGAUGACAAUACAACCGAACUGAAAUCUUCAAAUAAUGACAAUUCCAACACGCUUGAUUCGAAGUCUGAUCUUAUCGGCUUAUUUGAUAAAUUUGAUAUUGGAUCAAAAUCACAACUGACAGAUUUACCGUCUAAUGAAACUGACGAGCAUCAAAUUGACGAAACUGAAGACGAUCGUGACGAGAAGAAAGAGUCUACUAGUAUUGAACAAGACGAAUCAGCUCCUUUAUCUCCCAUCGUAGCAGAAAAGGAUACUAUUGAAGUUAACAAAGUGAAUUUAAUGACUAUACAACCAUAUAUUGUGGAAGAUCAUCAACCUGUGGCAAUUCCAGAAACAUCAACCAGCUUUGAAGAAAGUUCUUCUUACGUAAAUGAAAAGGAACAACACGAUGAAGGACAAGAUGAAAGACAAGAUGAAGGCAAAGAUUUAUCUGAUAUCACAGGUGAUGUUGGAGAUCUAGAAACUUCCGAUAUAGAAGAAUAUGAAUUAAAAAAAGAUGAUGAUAAUAUUGACCAGGAGCGUCGUCCUACGAUUUCUAGCAUGCCAUCUGAAUCUAAAGUAUCAAGGAUAGCUCAACCUCAUAUAGAUCCAGAAGAACAAUAUCAGCAAUCACAUAAACCUUUUUAUUUUCAAAACUUUUUAAAUCAAUUGAGAAAGAAAUCUGCCGAUCCAGUCGUCAGAUAUAUACGAUCAUUUUUAGUAUCAUUUUUAAGACAAGGUCAUACUUUUACAGCUGAACAACGUAGUAAAAUAAUUCAAGAUUUCAAGAUUUUUAUGAAUGAUAAAUUUGCAACUUAUGAGCCUUUUGCAUCAAUGGAUGAUAUCGAUUUGGAGAAUUCUAGAGAAGGUUUGGAGAAACUAAUUAUGAAUAGACUUUACAUUCAUUGCUUUCCUCCGGAAGUGAAAAAGCAAGAAGGUAGUCAAUUACCUCAUUCUUUUGAAGAAGAUUUAGUGGAAGAUGCCGCAUUCUCUAAACAACUUGAAAAAUUUAGUUGGGUUAAUGGUAUUCAUUUGGAUCUCAGUUUGGAUCAAUUAGAGAAUCAGAAAAAAGGAGAUACAAACUUUAUACAAUAUUCAAUCACUGAAAUGAAUAAAAUUAAUACUUAUAGAGCACCCAGAGAUAAAAUUAUAUGCAUAUUAAAUGCGUGCAAGAUCAUUUUCAGUUUUCUUAAAGCAAGUAAACAAGAAACUAAUGCCGAUGCAUUUGUGCCAUUGUUAAUCUUGGUCUUGAUAAAAGCAAAGACCGAAAAUCUAAUUAGUAAUAUUUCCUAUAUAGAAAAUUUUAGAGGAGAAGAAUGGUUAUUACAUGGUGAAACUAGUUAUUAUUUAUCAUCUAUUCAAGGAGCAAUUGGAUUUAUUCAAAAUUUGGGAUUUAAAGAAUUGACUGUUGAUGAAGAAGAAUAUAAUGCUCAUAUGGAAUCAUGGGAAGCAGAAGAAAAGCGUUUGAAGGAACAAGCUAAGAUUAUUCAACCUUCACCUGUCCGUAUUCCACCUCCAAGAUUACCUUUGAAUAUACCUGCUCAAGGUUUAUCACCUUCCAGCGUAUUAUUAUCAAGUGCUGAAAUGUUUACAAAAUCAAUCACCAACUUUUUAUCGCCAUCCCCACAAGAAGAGCCUUCACAUAUGCAAUCGAUCCAAUCUAACACUAAUAACAAUCCUACCGAAACUGAGGUGGUUGAUGAAGCUGCUCAAGAGGAGGUAUAUAAUCAUUUGAAAGAGAUAUUUCCUACUUUGGAUAAAUCUAUAUUGAAAGAUGUCGUAUUUAUGAAUAAAGGGGAUAUGGAUUCUUGUAUUGAUUCAUGUUUACAACUUAUGAGCGAUGCAUAAAAUAUUAUUUAUUUAUUUAUUUAUUUAUUUGUAUAGUUAGAGAUAAUUUGAGUAAAUAAAUAUAACAAAUUGUUAUCUUUCUAC